UCUCUCUCUCUCUCUCUCUCUCACUCUACACACACACACGCGGCCCCGACGGCAGCGGAUCGGCUCGCUGUUGCUGCUCCUCCAGCUUUUUUCUUUUUCUUUCCCUACCCCGUGUUUUUCGUCCUCCCCCUUGUCUUCUUCUUCUUCUUCUUCUUCUUCUUUUUUUUUGCUCGCCGUGCUGGAUUGUUCCCUCCGUUUAACAAAGCCUGAUCCUGCAGACAGCUGCUGCCUCUCUCCGGCCGGACCAGGCGGCUCCGGGGGUUGCAUGGUGUGGUGCUUCGGCUGCUUAAAAAAAGGGGGCUCAACAAAUGCAGAAAAGAGAGAAAAGUUUCGGUAUACAAAUGCUCUCCGUCCAGCCGGACACCAAGCCAAAAGGCUGUGCCGGCUGCAACCGGAAGAUCAAGGACCGCUACCUGCUGAAGGCCCUCGAUAAGUACUGGCACGAGGACUGCCUCAAGUGUGCCUGCUGCGACUGCAGGCUGGGCGAGGUGGGCUCCACGCUCUACACCAAAGCCAACCUCAUCCUGUGCCGGAGAGACUACCUACGGUUGUUUGGUGUAACAGGGAACUGUGCAGCCUGCAGCAAGCUAAUUCCAGCCUUUGAGAUGGUCAUGAGGGCCAAGGAGAAUGUCUACCACCUGGACUGCUUCGCAUGCCAGCUCUGCAAUCAGAGGUUUUGUGUAGGAGACAAGUUUUUCCUGAAGAACAACAUGAUUCUGUGCCAGACAGACUACGAGGAGGGGCUGAUGAAGGAGGGCUACGCUCCCCAGGUCCGCUGACACUUGUAGGCCAAUAUGGAGGAGGAAAAGGAGAGGAAGAGGAGGUGGAGGAGGAGGAAGAUGAUGGGUGGGAGAAAGAGAGAGACUGAAGGAGAGCUUGCAAUCAACAAAAAGCACUAGAGCCUCCUGUCCAGCUCCUGUUUCCCACAUGUACAUAACUAAGCAAGCCUCCCUGGGAUUGGGGGGGGGCACUCUGCUGUACAGAAUAGCCAUAGAGACUGCAGUGUGGCAGGGAAAGGCCUGGACGCCUACAGCCGACCACAAGUAUUAAAAAAAAAAAAAAAGAAAAAAAAAAGUUUGUCCAUUUGUUUGUUUGUGACUGAUGCUGUUUCUUUCCUCCUGGUCGUCAAAUGCCAGCCUCAGAGCAACAACUACCCAACAGCUGGCCCUGGGAAAUGGGAAAAAAAAAAAAAGAAUUAAGAAACCCAAAAGCAGUCUUGUCUCAUUUUAUCUUGCAAGGACAGACAUCCACCUGACUGUACAGACUGCUACUUGAAUCAAAAAUACACUGAGGUACUGUCAAUCAAUGUAAUUUUGAGAUAAAGACCUUUUUACUCCAUGUUAAACUAAAAACACAGCGAAUGUACACUGAAGCGCCGCAGAAAUGUGUGUAUGUGAUGUGUGAGCAUGUGGGUAAUAUAUAUUUGAGAGGAGCUCUGAUAUCAUGUUGUGAGGCUUGGUCUGGUCCAUAUAAAGACACCACUAAAACACUGUCAGACACAACAGUGAAAGGUCAACAUGCUAUCAAGGCACACAAGUGCAUUUAUGUGGUCAUGUAACAGCAGAACAAAGGGUUCUUUAAAGUUGCUAUGUGAGUAGUAAGUGAACUGCUGGGCCUUGAAGAUUGCGUUAAGAGUCUCUUGAACCUCUCCAACAUCCACCAGGUCCCCCGUUGGAGUAAGGUUUAGGGUUUUGGUGUGGUUACAUUUGAGCCAUUUGAACUGAAGUAGUUUACUUAGUGUUUUAGCUACAUGCUAAAUACAGAAAAUAGAAGUCCAAAAAAAAAAACA